AUGCCGUCUUGGGUUAUUGUUGGCGCUUCUAGGGGUAUUGGGUAUCAAUACCUCAAAACCCUAUCCGCAGAUGAAUCAAACAUCGUCAUCGGCAUAGUCCGCAACCCCGACCCAACGAAGCAGAAAGUCGAAAAAGACGGCCUCCGCAACGUCCACAUCAUCGCCGGCGACCUCAACUCCCACGAAUCCCUCAACGCCGCCGCAAAAGCCACAUCAUCGAUCACCAACGGCGUCGUCGACCACCUCAUCAUCAACGGCGCCUACCUAUCCUUCGAUGGCGCCCUCGAGAAUCCCACCGACUUCAUCGGCAAGGAAGACAUGUUCCGCGAUUCGCUGAACAAGGCCAUGGAGACGAACACCGCGGGGCUGCUGUACGCGGCGAAUGCGUUCCUGCCGCUGGUCGAGAAGUCUGAGAUCAAGAAGGUGAUUUAUAUCAGUACCGGACAUGCGCACCCUGAUGCGGUGUCGGGCGCGGGCUUCGCGAAUUUCAUUACGUACUCGCUGUCGAAGGUCGCGGCGAACUUUUUGAUUCUGAAGUAUGCGGAGGAGUUUAAGAAUAAAGGUGUCAUAUUUUUGUCGUUGAGUCCUGGGUGGGUUUUGACGCAGGUUGAUGAAGAGGGGAAUGGUAGAUGCAAUGGCCCAUCUCCACCAGAGGAGAACGUGAGGAAGAUGAUUGAAGUCAUUGAUGCCGCCACGAUUGCGGACUCAGGGCAAUUCGUGAGCCACAAUGUCGGGAGACCCAAUGAUUGGUUCUGA